UCCAAAACCCUAAACUUGGCCAAACUUACAAACCGCCGAUACCUUUCCUCACCCGGGCGGCCGCCCCCUGUCCCCUUGAGCCCACCCAUGGCGGCGGCGAGCCAGAGUGACGCGCCUCGGCGGGAGCCCGGCCAGCGCCGUCCCAUGUGCGGCGUCUGCACGAAGCCCCUCCGCCUCUGCCUCUGCGGCCGCCUCCGCUCCCCGCCGGUGGACACCGCCGUCGGCGUCACCGUGCUGCAACACGCGAUGGAGGCCCACCACCCGCUCAACUCCACCCGCGUCGCGCGCCUCGGCCUCCGCAACCUCGCCGUCGCCCAGGUCACCGACGUCAACCACCGCGCCCACUUCAUCCUCACCACGCUCGAAGCCGGCGGCGCCACGGCGUUCGGUCCUGGAGGCGGUCCUGUAACCGCCCGUUCCGGAAAUCUUGCAUUUCCUCGUGAUGGGACUUGUGGGAAAUCAGAUGGAGAAGUUGGUGCGAGCUGCGAUUUUGAGGAGCCAUGGUUGAACCCCUCUGGUGAUUUGGGAGAGGUUGAUUCUCCUGAUUGUGCCGACAAUGGUGUUGGCAGUUUUGGAUUCGCGAAGAUGAAGAGUGAUGGACAACCUGCAGAUCUUGAAAGGCCUAGCUCUGGAGCAAACCAGAUUGUUGUUGACUCUGUUAAUGGUGAAACCAAUCGUCAAAGUGGGGUGGGGGUGACAUAUAAGGUAAAUGGUAAUUUGUGUCAUCCUGUAAUAGCAAAUGGCUCAGAAGUUCAUAGGAUGUUCAAUGAUUGCAAUGGUAUAGGUGUAGAAAAAAUUGAAGUCGGUGCUGAUAUGGGGCAAGAUUGGACCAGGAAAAGCAUGGAUAAGUGCACUAUUGCUUUCACAGACAAGGAACUAAGGAUCGAUAUUGAGCGUGGUGUGAAACCAAAAAUCAGAUGGUUAUCAAGAGGCCCGCUUGGUGAAGCAGCUGUCUCAAAUGGUUUUGUCGUGACAAAGUUACAAAAGAAGAAAUGUAAACUCACUGGUUACGUAACAGAGUUUGAGGAAUUCUCAAUCACCAUACCGCCAAAAUCAGCUCUACUAUUUCCAUGCCAGCGGGCAAUCAGCAUCGAUGCUUCAGGUUGUCAGGUACAGCAUUUAAUUGUGUUGGAUGGCACUUGGGCAAAGGCACAAAGGAUGUACCAUGAGAAUCCAUGGUUACAACUGCUGCCACAUGUGAAGCUGGAGUCAGAUAGGGUUAGCUUGUAUAGUGAGGUGAGGCACGAGCCAAGGGUUGGGUGCUUGUCUACUAUUGAGAGCAUAGUUGUUGCCAUGAGGAAACUGGGAGAGGAUUCAAAGGGAUUGGAUGAUCUCCUGGAUGUUUUCGAGUCAAUGAUUGCUGAUCAGCGGCGAUGCAAGGAUGAGAAUGUGAAGCAAAAGCUGAAGUUCUAAUCAUAAAAACAGGUCCCAUCGUUAGCCUGUUGUCUAACUUCCUGGUGACAUCUGGAUGCAUUUUUCAGUCCAGAUGGCAUAUAUUUGUUACUUCAUACUGAGAAUGUUUUAUUGCUAAAAAUUCAUAGGAGAUGGUUUUUUUUAUUAAGCUUUAUCUCCAUUUCCGGGAUACUAGUGUCAGAGCAUAUCAUAUCAUUGUAGGUUUGACCUUAUUCUAUGAUCAGAUGUAACUCUUUUUUCAUUACUGCUAAGCUGGCAUGCACAACUACUUUAUGUUAGAAUUGGACCUAUGGUACUCUUUUGAAUGGGAUGAUGAUUCAUCAUAUAUGUAACGUGGCGCUGCAUAUCUUCUGUUUUUAUUCUCCUGUUCUGCAAAAAGUUUAGCUGCUUACAAUGAACUUGGACCAGCUGAUUUUUUUA